AUGGCUGAAUUUUGUGCUCUAUGUGAUGGCUUGAAACUUAUUGUGCAAUAUGAUAUUUCUUGUUCUGAAUUUUUGAUUGAGUGUGAUUCGAUGUUUCUGAACACCAUCACAAUUGGCACUCAUCAUUCAUUGGAUCCUUUGACAAUUGUGAAGGCACGGGUUAACAAUUUUGGCAAGGCAAAUGCUCUGAUCCAGCAUGAAUUUUUUGCUGACUUGGGUCUUGUUUGUUAUGCGAAUUAG